UUUUUUACUCAUUUUCUUUUCUUUUCUUCCCCAAAGUCUCUCUCUCUUCUCUCUCGAGAACUCCGGCGAAAGAAAUGGCGAUUCAUAUGUAAUCGGGAAAAGAAGAAAGAGAGAAGAAUCGAGUUAUCAAUUGGAUUAAGCAGUCUGCCCAAGUGAUCUUCUUCAUUCUUAAGGGUUUCGUUCCUAUCCUUCUAGGGUUUGUUCUCUCUCUCUCUCAAUCCAAUUGCAUCGCUCUGUUAUUCUUUUUCUUAACGCGUCGCGUCUCUGAUUUUUUUGUUUUGUUUCUUCGUCGUCUCUUGUUGCAGGUUUUUUAAAGCAAGUUUAAUCUGAUUGUCGCUCACACGGCCUCUAGGUGCUUUUUGGAAGCAUGGCUUUCGUCUCUGAAAUCUCAACUUCUUCUAGGAUUGAUUGAUUGCGGAGGAUAACUGUAGUAUUGAUCGAUCGGCGAUUGAGGAGGAUACUAAGAUCUCUCCCUGAUGGUUUGAUUGAGGAGGAGGGCACUAAGAUCUUCUUGGGUUUUUAUUCAUUCUUGUCACUCUCUGUUUGAUUUUAACGACUUCUUUUCUUUUUUGGGGGGGUCUCACUCUCUCUCUCUUUGUUGCAGGUCUUCUUUUGGAAUUACUCCCGAACAGCAAGCUUUGUCAAAGGAUGGAUCACAACUAGCAGCAAUAUGAAGGGACAAGUAAGUUUGCAGCCAUGAGCUUAGACUUGCUUAUUAUAUAUAUGUCUUGUUAUUUUGUUUCUUAUCUCUUGUCUCUAGCUAACUUUUGGUAUGCAUGUUUUCUUUUCUUUUUUGUUGCAUCAGCCUCAAGGAUUUGUCUCUUGACUAGCAGAUAAAGGCAUCAAUGGAGAUGAUGACUUGCCAAAGCGCAAGACCUUUUGUGGUUUCUGGGACUAAGAUCUCUCGGUGAUGGUUGAGAAAGAGUGGAGUCUUCUCUUUGUUUGUUUUCCUAAUCUCUCCCAUAUUUACUCUCUUUUUUGAUAUAGUGAAAUAACUGUUGAUAUGGCUUUUUUAUUUUCCUCUUAGGAGUUGAAAAACCGACGACCAUCAUUGUGGCUUAUGUAAGUUAACUGAUUAACUAUGUUCAUCUCUCUUUCUUCUUUUACAUGAAUUUUGAGAUUUACCAAGUUAUACUACUAACCCUGCUUCUGAUGAUGUUUUCUCUUUCUAGUUUCAGCUGAUUUGUGCACAGGCUCUUGGAUUGCCAUUAGAGCAGCCAAAGAGUGUAAACAUGGAGAGGUUGCAAAAGGUGAAACUUCGUGGGGCUCUUUAAGCUCCUCUCGAAACCACCAGAGGUUUGCUUUUUAUUAUGAGAUUAUUCUGUUGUUCUUGUUAAGAGUACAAUGUUUUUGUUUCUGUUUAUGUGAUUUAUAUUGACUAUUUUUACAUGUUUGUGCGAGGUCAAAUGGAGAUCAUUUGGAAUGAUUAUUCAUGAAGCGGACUGCAGCGUUUUGGAUUCUCUUAUUUGAAAAGGUAUGGUACGACAGCUUUCAUAUGUUGUUGAUAGUUAUUGUUUGCGAUUGUGUGUUGGGAUGAAUUAGUGUUAGAUUAGGUAAUAGUCAAGUCAGGACAUUGAUGAUUGCUUUUUUGUUUGUUGGAGUUCUUAAAUACGAAUAGUACUUGAUUAGAGAGAUACUUGUCGAGUAGGUUGUUUUAAUGUAAUAAAUUUGUGGUUGUUGUAGUUAAUUUACAACCAUAAAUUUGAAAACCCAAAACCACUUGAGCUCAAUAUAAACCCUCCAUGUUAGCACUAACAUAAACCAUUAACUUUUUCUAUACAAACCCUUUUCUUUUAACAUCAGCUUUCACUAAAACAACCAAUGGAUCCUAGAAGCCUUAUUCGUAAUCCACAUACAUAUUUUGUUGAUCUUAUGAAUUCUCAAAAAGACUCUAACUCCCAAGAUAAUCCAAUUCUUCCAAAUACAUUCUCUUCUCAGCCUGUCCACUUUACCCAAACCCUCUCUUCUCAGCCUGUCAACUUUACCCAAACCCUCUCUUCUCAGCCUGUCAACUGUGGGCCUAGAUUCUCUUCUCAGCCGUUUCAGUUUAGGCCGGCAUCUGAAGAUGAUGAUUGUAUCGAGGUUGAGGUUGAUGAGGAUGAAGAAGACGAAGGAAGGGGAAUAAGAAAGCGGUGGACUGCAGAGGAGGAUGUUAACCUCAUAAGCGCUUGGUUAAACACAAGCAAGGAUCCAGUUGUAAGUAAUGAGCAGCGGCUACAAAGUUUCUGGAAGAGGGUUGCUGCCUACUACAAAGCUAACUAUGGGUCAUCUGUUUCAAAUGCAAGAGGGCCUACACAAUGUAAGGCUAGGUGGAGCAAGAUAAACCAUGGAGUCAAUAAGUUUGUGGGCUGUUACGCACAAGCGAGUUCAAGAAGAAAGAGUGGAGAAUCAGAAGAUGAUGUAUUGAGCAUGGCGUAUGAGCUUUACAAGAACGACAAGGGCAAGCCAUUUCUGCUAGGACAUUGCUGGAGGGAACUGAAGCAUGAUCAGAAAUGGAUCACGGAGGAGUGUAGCCAUAAGCGGACUAAACUCGCUUCAGAUGGAGCAGGAGCAUCCUCACCCGGAGAGUGCAAUGAUGGAGCUGAGAUGAGGCCUCCGGGGGUUAAAGCUUCUAAGAAAAAAGGGAAGAAACCGGCUGUGACUAUUGAUGUAGAGGAUGGUUCUGUUGGUAAGCUAGACAAGAUCAUUGCAAUGAAAGAACAAGAACAAGCGGCUAAAGAGAGACACGGCAAAAUGAGACUGCUAGACAGCCUCCUUAACAAGACUGAACUAACAAGUGCCGAACAACUUCUUAGGGACAAACUCGUUGACCAAAUGUUGACAAACACUUAGGUUUUGCGACAACAAAUUAAGGUGAUACGAGAAGGGAAACAUGUGUUGUCAAAGACAUAGAUGUGUUGUGUUUACACCCGUGGAGGGGUGUUGUUUUUAGUUGUUGUCUUGUUGUCUUGUUGUCACGGGUCUGUGAGUUGUUGUCUUGUUGUCUUGUUGUCACGGGUCUGUGAGUUGUUAACUCUUUUGUAACCCGUGGAGGGGUGUUUUGUAACACGGGUUGUGAGUUGUUGUCUUCUGUUUUGUUUUGGUUGUCUUGUGUCUUGCAAGGACAGUCACAGAUUUGUUUGUGUUGUUUUGUCUUUUGUAAGGGUUGUAUUGCCCACUUGGUACUUUGUGUUUGCUGUUAAGACUAUAUAUUCACUUCUCCUACUCUUUCAUCGUUUUACAUCAA